CUCGGCCUCGGAAUCUCCGUCGUCCACAGCCCUCGAGACCCAGAAAUCCGAAGAGCGAUUCCGACCCUCCGGAUAGACGUCUAACUACUCUCUCUACAUCCAGCAAGCAAUUCUUCGGAACUGGGGUAGCGAGUCGACCGAUUGCUCUGCAUCGCAUUGUCGGGAUCGUUGUUGCAAUUUGAGGCGUGUUUUUUGUGGGGGGCGACAAUGGCGAUGACGGUAGCGGGAUGCGCAGGAGGAGCUGCAGCAGCAUUGGCAGGGAGAGUGACGACGGACAUCUCAUUGGCAGUCGCCAAGCCGACACGCAUGCUGUCUUCGUCCUCGGCAUUGUCGUCUCUGCCCAGCAAGCUUGUUGGGAAGCUGCCGGCGCAGUCUGCAGCCUCUAGAAGACGAGGGUUUGUGUCUAUGAGUGUGAGCGUUGGCGCCGAGGUUACCACGAACGAUGGCGCCUUCGCGGAUUACAAAGUCUCCACUGCGUUUCUCUUCCCCGGUCAGGGUGCUCAAGCGGUGGGAAUGGGAUCAGAGGUGCACACGAUCCCGGCUGCGGCUGCCCUCUAUUCUAAAGCUAAUGAGAUUCUCGGGUAUGACUUGUUGGACAUCUCUAUCAAUGGGCCGAAGGAGAAGCUAGACUCUACUGUGGUUAGCCAGCCAGCAAUCUACGUCGCGAGUUUGGCAGCGGUUGAGGCUUUGAGAGCCAGAGAGAACGGUCAAGCUAUUAUCGACUCUGUGGACGUGACCUGUGGUCUUAGUCUUGGGGAGUACACUGCUUUGGCUUUUGCUAAUGCUUUCAGUUUCGAAGAUGGCUUGAAGCUUGUGAAGCUCAGGGGUGAAGCUAUGCAGGCUGCUGCAGAUGCGACCCCAAGUGCGAUGGUCAGCGUUAUUGGGUUGGACGCAGAGAAAGUGGCUGCUCUUUGUGAGUCUGCCAAUGAAGACGUUAGCGAGGAUGAAAGAGUCCAAAUUGCUAACUUCCUAUGCCCGGGCAAUUAUGCAGUGUCUGGUGGUGUGAAGGGUGUGGAAGCACUUGAAGCCAAGGCUAAGAGUUUCAAAGCUCGUAUGACUGUACGACUUGCAGUUGCUGGCGCAUUCCACACGCGGUUCAUGAGUCCAGCAGUUCAGAAGCUUGAAGCUGCCCUCGCUGAUACUGAAAUCAGAACUCCAAGGAUUCCAGUUAUUUCCAAUGUCGAUGCUGCACCUCACUCCGACCCUGCCACUAUCAAAAGGAUUCUCGCCCAGCAGGUUACGUCUCCUGUUCAAUGGGAGACUACUCUUAAGACUUUGCUCGGAAAGGGACUGCAGAAUAGCUACGAGCUCGGCCCUGGCAAGGUGAUUGCUGGAAUAGUUAAGAGGAUCGACAAGAAGGCGCCUGCUGUUGAGAACAUUAGCGUGUAAUUUAGUGAAUGAAGCAACACUUCUUGGUAUUGUUGGUGUGCAACCAGUACAUUCCAAAGAAGUUCCCCUUGUCUUGAAUAGUGUUUCGAUCAUGCUUUGGUAUUUUAGUGUAGUGAGGUAGUUGGGUUAACUCAUGAUGAGGGUAUCCUACCGGUAUAUUGUGGAGGUUGUGCUUCCGUUUGAUAGUUCGCAAUUGGUGCAGUAAGUUGGUUACGGUUUUUCUGCGCCCGUUAGAAUUUGUCAUUUGCGGGAUUUUUGUGGGAACAAAGAAGAGCAUUCGUUUGAGUUGCUAGUUUUAUAAUUUCCUUGACAUA